UUUCAUUUCAGUUUUAAUAGUUCUCUACAAUGGCGGAUGGUCAUGAAACCGAUAAGAACAUUGAAAUAUGGAAAAUCAAGAAGCUUAUCAAGGCAUUGGAAGCUGCUCGAGGCAAUGGUACCAGCAUGAUUUCUCUUAUUAUGCCUCCAAAAGAUCAAAUAGCCCGUGUUACUAAGAUGCUGGGUGAUGAGUUUGGAACUGCUUCUAACAUUAAGAGCAGGGUGAACCGUCAGUCUGUUCUAGGUGCAAUUACUUCUGCUCAGCAGAGACUGAAGCUCUACAAUAAGGUUCCUCCCAAUGGACUUGUGCUUUAUACGGGAACCAUUGUGACCGACGAUGGGAAGGAAAGGAAGGUCACAAUUGACUUUGAGCCUUUCAGGCCCAUAAAUGCAUCUUUGUACCUAUGUGACAACAAGUUUCAUAUAGAAGCUCUGAAUGAACUUUUAGAAUCUGAUGACAAAUUCGGUUUUAUUGUUAUGGAUGGUAAUGGGACCCUUUUUGGGACAUUAAGUGGCAACACCCGAGAGGUGCUUCACAAAUUUACUGUUGACCUUCCUAAGAAACAUGGAAGAGGAGGUCAGUCAGCUCUUCGGUUUGCUCGUCUUCGAAUGGAGAAGCGCCACAACUAUGUGAGGAAGACAGCAGAGCUUGCCACGCAAUUUUUUAUUAAUCCAGCUACCAGCCAGCCCAAUGUUUCAGGACUAAUACUUGCUGGAUCAGCCGACUUCAAGACUGAGCUGAGUCAGUCCGAUAUGUUUGAUCCCCGACUUCAGGCAAAAAUUCUGAAUGUUGUGGAUGUCUCAUAUGGAGGAGAAAAUGGCUUUAAUCAGGCGAUUGAGCUGUCAGCAGAGAUCCUCUCCAAUGUGAAGUUUAUUCAGGAGAAGAAGUUGAUUGGCAAAUACUUUGAAGAGAUUAGCCAGGAUACUGGGAAGUAUGUCUUUGGUGUGGAUGACACAUUGAAAGCUCUGGAUAUGGGUGCUGUUGACAUACUUAUUGUGUGGGAAAAUAUGGACAUGAACAGGUAUGUGUUAAAAAAUAGCACUACUGGCGAAAUCAUCAUAAAUCACUUCAACAAGGAGCAAGAGGGGAAUGAGAAAAAUUUCAGGGAUGCAGCCACCAAUGCUGAAUUGGAGGUUCAGGAAAAGAUGCCACUGCUUGAGUGGUUUGCUAAUGAAUACAAACGUUUUGGUUGUACACUAGAGUUUGUCACCAACAAAUCACAAGAGGGAUCUCAGUUUUGCAGAGGUUUCGGUGGAAUUGGGGGAAUCCUCCGCUACCAGCUUGAUAUGCGAUCAUUUGAUGACCUUUCUGACAAUGGAGAAACCUACGAAGAUUCUGAAUAGCAAUCAAUAACUAUUCCAAUGCCGGUGCAGGAGGAUGGUGGCAAAAGGCCUGCACUGGUGCGCGGGUGCUCGCGCGAUUCGACUGCUCCUGUUGCCCAAAAAGUUUAAAAAGGAAUCAUAUGAGUUGGAGAAACCUUCUGGAGGAAAGAAAGUGUCAACCCCUUCUUCCUACGAUCGUAGAGGACAAUGUGAAGUUUGCGUUUGCUUUUGUAUCAACUAGACUGUGUGCUGAAUGAGACCAUGGGGAUCAGUAUACCAGCGUUUCAGGAACUUCAUAUAUGGCUAUUGUUGUGGGGAGCUACUUCUAUGGUUAUACUCUUUGAAGAGGAAAUUCCUUUGCAUCAAUUAAAGUACUUCUACAUUUUCUAUGAACUAGAAUAUAUAUGUCUUUGGUGUGUAUGUGGUCUAUUGGCGUCCUGGCCGGAUGGACCAUGGUUAUUAUCCUGUCAUCAGUUAUGACAUUAUGGUUACUUAUUUUCAAAGUACUUUAUAUAGUGAUUAACUAGUUAUAAAGUGGUGUUCUGCUGUUUUUAUGGGAGGCAUGAAGUAGGUUUUUUGAGUUGGGAGGAGGAUUUGUAAACACAGGUCAUUCGCACCUGUUGGCAUGUUGCAAUAUAUUAGCCUCCUUGGUAGGAUUAUCAUGUCUCUAAUAUGCUGUGCAAUUAUGUGAUUUUAUGGUAGUUUUCUCAUGAGUGGGUACUGUUGUUAGAAUGGUCGGAAUAAAGAAGGCCUCUGGUGUGGCUUUAUUUUGGACGCUUACGAA